AUGUCAUCACGAAUGCAGACACCAAUCACCAUGGACGAACAACCAUACACCACCCCCGACGAGGACCCAUUCAGCGUUUCACCCUACGUUCCCGAGCGGACCGUCCAACACCGCCGGUCUAGCAUGCUGGUCAAGUGGAUAUCCGAACAACAGUCUCAGGCAUCCGAGAAUGCUGAGACAGAGCCGCUCGAUAUUCCGCGGCCGUAUUUUGCCAGCCCUGGCGUGCCCGCCUCGUCCAGCAAUCCCUACCUCGCCUAUCCCGACCUGCCUCGUGUGUCCACCCCCAUGGAAUCAAACACGGGCGAUGCAGAUUCCAUAAUUAGUUAUGACCUUGUCGAUGAUGAUGAUAUUCCUGCCAAUGCCAUUCUGGAGCCUUCUACGCCCGAGGAACAUGUCACCCCUCUUCCCCCGCGCACUCAUAAAUCUUCGAGACAUUCUCUUACCCCCUCUUUCCGCACCCUCAACCUCAAUUUCCGCUCCAGCACUCCGACCAGCCCCUCCUCUUCCAGUAUGGAUGGAACUUCGCGUGCCUUCUCGCGUCUUUCAUUCCUUCCCCGCACUCCUCGUUCAGCCGGCCCGGCACUACCGUCAGAGGCAGGAACCCCACAACCACACAAUCGAUCAUCUAGUCUCUCGACUCUGAGCUUUAGCUCGUCGCAGCGUGUUCGGCCGCUCUCAGCCUCCACGUCUUCAAAAUGGCGGCCUACUGUCCUUGGCCACUUCCACCAGCCGUCUGCAUCCCAGUCCUCCAUAACCAUGUCUGACGGGCAAAAUACAACGCCAUCAAGACCUAGUAUAUCUUCAGGCGACACCUUUCUGACUUCAGACACCUCUCAAGCUACGACCACAACUCUUGAUAGCAUUAUUCCGAUUUCGCCUUCUAAAACCUCUUUUUUCGAUUCUAUUCGACUCCGUGGUAACCGGUCUCCGAAAGCCAGUUCAACAUUCUCGCUAGCAUCUUCGUCGUCCGUCCGGCUCUCGGCUCAGCAAACGAUUGGCGUCAAUCAACAAGCCUCGAACUUCGACACAGGAUUCCAAAAGACCGUGUCUCGACGUAGUGCCUUUGCUCCAAAGCCUGGGUCGAUACUCGAUAAUCGGGAUAACGAUGAAGACCUAGACCCUCCGCCCACCUACCGCCUCAAGCGGCAUGAGCCGAUACGAGCGUCGAUUCCCCACUCAUCAGGCGGAUCGCUACCGCGGGUCAAAUUCUCUUCGCUCAACUCGAGGACGCAGCGGAAGAAAAAGAAGUUGAUUGUCAGUGGAAUCGGAGCGGCUGAAGUUCGGAAAUUCGAAGGCGUUAAACGGUGGUGCGAGAGUUUUGGAGAGUUACGGCAGAUCAGCCGUAUGCCUAAUGGAGACCUUCAGAUUGAUUUUAGGGACCCAGAAGUCGCAGAUACGGUCUGCCGUGUACGGGCUAAAGUGUUCAUCGCUGGUGUCGGCAGUGUGCAGCUCUCCUGGGUCGCCGGUCAUAAACGAUAA